AUGAAUAAAUGUAAACUCCAACAAACGAAUUAUUUACGAUCAAAUUCCAACAGAAAAACUUAUUCAUCAGAAUCAAAUAAUGAAUCAGACGAACCUAUCGAUGAUACAAAUGUUAUGAUGAAAACACCGCAAUCUUUAGUUGAUCUUCUUGAUGUCGAUGAUAAUGAUUGUCAAAAUGAAGACGAUAGAGAAGAAACUGAGAAUGAUGAUGACGAAGAUGAUGAAGAUGAUUCAAUACAAUAUAGUAUUGAUGAUCCAAAUAGAACAGAAACAAGAAGACAAAAGAAAUCUAACAAGAAAAAUGGUAAGCUUCAACAGCUCGUUAAGUAA